CGGCAACACUCUGCGACUCUCCCCAGAAGAGGAGGACCUCCACUCGUUCGAGGGGCCCUACGGCGAAUGGCGGACGCAGGGACACCGGAGAAGAACUCCGAUCCCUACCCUUCCGGCUUCCCACCAGCUCCUACUCUGCGCAUGUAAACAGCCUGAUGUGGCUGGAGAUCCUGGGUGGGGAAAACACCACUCAUUCUUCGUCACCCACUGAAGCAAACUCACUCAGCACAGUCCGGUCCUGCUAUAGAUGCUGAGAAGGCGCGACCAUGAACCGAUCCGGGCUCUGUUAGAAACCACCACGAAGUGGCAGCCAUAGAUGUCUAAUGCUUGCCAUGGUGAUUGCUUUGGAAUGCUCCUCAGGACCCGAGGUUCGAAGUCUGCACAUUAGCCUGCUUGCCUCUGUAGGAAGGGAAACUGAGGCCCUGCGGCUAGAGAUGGGCGGGUCCCAGAGCACGAGCCCCGCCCCCGGUGGCCCCGCCCCGGCUAGUGAGAGCCCGGAGCAGGAGGCUGGAAGCAAAGAGGAGACAGAGGACGAGAUGGCAGCGCAGCGGCUGGGCAAGCGCGUGCUGAGCAAGCUGCAGUCCCCAUCGCGGGCCCGAAGCCCGGGGGGCAGCCCCAGUGGGCUGCAGAAGCGGCACGCGCGAGUCACCGUCAAGUACGAUCGGCGGGAGCUGCAGCGGCGGCUGGACGUGGAGAAGUGGAUCGACGGAUGCUUGGAGGAGCUGUACCGUGGCAGGGAGUCGGACAUGCCGGACGAGGUCAACAUCGAUGAACUGUUGGAACUGAGCAGUGAAGAGGAAAGAUCCCGGAAAAUCCGGGGACUCUUGGAGGCUUGUGCAAAUCCCACAGAGGACUUUGUCCAGGAGCUGCUGGCCAAGCUUCGGGGCCUGCACAAGCAGCCGGGCUUCCUGCAGCCCAGCCCCUCAGAUGACCGCAGCCUGAGCCCCCGCCAGGACCGGGCCCACACCGCCCCACCCUGACUGCGGCGUCCCUGUGCUCCACCCCAAAGCCCGGAUUGUGUCUAAGUUGUAUUUAAUGGUUCUGUAACUGCC